CUGGAAUCGAUUCAAGGUGAGUUUUUUGGGGGUUUUUUCCAAUUUCUUGUACUUUGCACUAAAAACCAUAAAAUGUAUGGUUUUUUCUGAAAAUUAUGUGAUUGUAAAUAAAAAAUCGAGGGGUUUUUUCACGGUGUUUUAUUUUUGAUAUGAUAAUAAUAUAAUAAUUGAUAACUAAUCAUUUCUCUUGCAAUUUUUCCCCCAAUUUUUUCGGCCACCGCAAAAAUUGUUCGCUUUUUGUUUGUUUAACCUCUUGUUUCUUGGGUUUUUGCGCAAAAAUCGAAUUUUUCACUCAAUUUCUCGAAAAAUUUCCGCUAAAAAUCUUGGGGACUAGGUUUUGCAUAGUGUAAAACCUAGUCCCCGAGUAUUUUGUUUGAAAAUUUGAAUUUUUCGGUUUGAAAUUUUGUAAUUCAGCUAGAAAUCUGAUUUUUACAUGAAAAAUUCAAAUAUUUUCACUAAAAAUCGUAGGGACUAGGUUUUGCAUGGUGUAAAACCUAGUCCUCGAGUAUUUUGUUUGAAAUUUCGAGAUUUUUCGGUUGGAAACCUUGAAAUUCAGCUAGAAACCUGGUUUUCACAUGAAAAAUUCAAAAAUUUUCGCUAGAAAUCUCGAGGACUAGGUUUUGCAUGGUGUAAAACCUAGUCCCCCCUAUUUUGCAUGGAAAUUUGUGAUUUUUUAGCGAAUUUUCAGCCAAAAAUGCUCGAAAAGCUGAAAUCUCGUGCAAUUCGUUGGCUCGAAGACAAUCGUGGCCUUGUUAUCGUCGUUUUUUGCCUACCAGCCUCAUUUCUCUUCGAUCUAUUCAUCCGAUUUCGAAUCUUCCUCUCCCGAUCGAUUUUUUCUGCACAAAAAUCGUCGUCGCACGAACAUCGAGUCGAGGAAAUCCGAAAACGUGUGGAGACGUGGAAGAGUUUGCCGAAGUCGGAGCGGAAAUUGAUGUGUACGGCGAGACCGAAUUGGUUGAGCCUGUCGACGACGUUUUUCGAUAA